GAAGUCAUAACGUGGAGCAUAUCCAUUCUCGGAGGAGCAAAUGGGAACGGCGAAGCAGCUAGUAUCCGUAGGCCUAUCGCUGCCAAUUCCGCAGUCUCCGGUGGCCGGAAAACGCAACAGUCGCCUGAAUUUUGUGCGGUUAACUUUACAAAGUACUGCAAUCAGGGCGUCGCUGUCAAUAGAUGAAAUUCCACCAAAUGCCCUAAGGCAGGCAAGAGAAUCGGGCUUGAGCAGCUGUGGCUUCAGCCUUGGCGUCGACUUGGGAUUAAGUCGCACUGGCCUUGCUCUUAGCAAAGGCUUCUCUUUUCGUCCAUUAACGGUUCUGGAAUUGAGAGGGCAGAAGCUAGAAGUUCGACUUAUUGAUAUUGCUCAAAAACAGGAGGUUGAUGAAUUUAUAAUUGGGCUUCCAUUAUCUAGUGAUGGGAAUGAGACUCCACAAUCAAAUAAAGUUCGAAGCGUUGCAGGUAGACUAGCAGUUCGAGCUGCUGAGAAGGGCUGGAGAGUAUACCUGCAGGAAGAGUAUGGGACAUCAACUCAGGCCAUGAGCCGCAUGAUUGAUAUGGGCCUCAGCAAAUCUGCUCGUCAAGGGAAACUUGAUGCCUAUGCAGCUGUGAUGGUGCUUGAGAGAUAUUUCUCAGCCUCAGGUGAGGGGAUAGAACUUGUUUUACCCAAACAAUUGGAACUCCAAAACAAGCUCAGAAAGGCAUCUUCCAUGGAAGAUGAAUUUGAUAGUUGACACAUGUACACAACCAUAUGAGUUCAUGAGUGGUAGAGCUAUGAGAUCCUUAAUGCCAAACCUAACUGCAGUGCUAAUCAUGGCUCAACUAUGAGUGCAUAGCCUAUUAGGACGGGACAAAGAGAAAAAAACUUUGAUUUAUAUAUAUACAUUUUAUUCUCUUCUUUUCUA